AAUGAAUACGGUGCAGAAGCGAGCGAGCAAUGUUCUGAAGCUGACCCAGGAGCACGCCAAGCUUCAGGCCGAGCUCAAGGCAAUGACAGAGAGGCUUGAGGCCGCAGAGCGCAGGCAGCGGGAGCUGGCCGAGAGAGCGGCGGCCAAGGAACGGCGGAUCCCCACAUCGUGACUCGCUGCACUACCCACGCGCUUCCUUCUUUUACAUAUAGCAUUGCCUUCUCUACUAUACCCAGAUGUUCUCACCCGACUAAUCGCCAGCCUGGAGUCAGCCAUGUCCGGAGGGUUCUGUACCAGAAUACCGCCUCGUCAUAGCCAAUAUAUAUAGAAUGGUAUGCCUGCUAUCGAUUCGCGUGUGGCAAUAUGCCCGACUGCAGGGAGAUAUGUAUAUGUAUCGCAUCAAUAUGUACCUUGAAGUCAUGUCCAAUUGUGUGCUUCAUGCAGGGCGCAGUUAAGGGGA